GUCCUCCCAGAAGUCUCCGAUUUUUUCUCACUGGAAACCGAUCUUUUUCGCCAUAUUGAUGUGCCCUAACAUAUCGUAAAAUAUUAUAUGUGGUAUAAUCUGCACAACACAGAUGUUAGACGGUAGAGGUCGGUUUCGGAUUGUGCAGUAGUGUCCCCCUUGAUUUUAAAUUAAGUUAUAGCUCAGCCCACUUUCACUGGAAACGAAGUCGUGCCCCUGUACCUCGCCUUCUGCAUCAAUUUUGCCCCUCGCCCAAACCACCCCCUCCAUCCCUCUACACAGAACGUUUGAGCUCAGCCCCUUCGGCUGGAGGCUCGGGUUUAUCUGGAAUCAACGUGAAAGCCAUUCAGGAGCCCCGCGCUGUAAGGUGAAGAAGCGGUCCGUCUCGAAACCCGGGGGAGAGCGUGCAAUAAGGACUGGGAACGGGGUUUGACGUUUUCCGCGUAAACUCGGAUUUGAGGGGAUAACGGGGAGCCAUGGCUAUGUUCUCAGCUCUCGGGCUGCUCUUGCUGUGCCAGCUUUUGACAUCAUCUACGGCCCAGAGACCCGGCCCCCGUGGACCUGUUGGGCCGCCAGGACCCCCAGGAGCCCCCGGAAGGGAUGGUACUGACGGAAAAGAUGGCCCUCCUGGACUUUCUGGGAAACCUGGACCCAAGGGGAAAGCAGGGUUACCAGGAGCAUCAGGGACCCCAGGCCUGCCCGGCCUUCCAGGAGUGGAUGGAUUGACAGGUCCUGACGGCCCUGCUGGGAAGGACGGUCCCCCGGGAGAGAUGGGUGAUCCUGGACCAUCUGGGCCGGGUGGUCCUCCUGGCAGAGGGAGACCAGGAGCUCCAGGACCUCCAGGAGUCAAUGGACCCCCGGGUAGAAUGGGACCACAGGGGACUCCAGGCCCUGAGGGUCUAGCUGGAUUGUCUGGACCUCCUGGCCCUGAUGGACCCCCAGGUCUCCCUGGGGCUCUUCCUGAAGGCAGCGGAGAUCUGUUGUGUCCCGCCAUCUGUCCUCCUGGUCCCUCCGGCCCUCCUGGAAUGCCUGGGUUCAAGGGUCACACGGGACACAAAGGAGAUAAGGGGGAGGUUGGAAAAGAUGGCGAGAAGGGUGAUCCCGGCCCUCCUGGUCCUCCAGGUAUUCCCGGCACUGUGGGCCUGCAGGGUCCCCGUGGUUUGAGGGGACUUCAAGGUCCGAUGGGGGCAGUAGGAGACAGGGGUUUCCCUGGUUUCCGAGGCAAACCUGGUAUUACUGGCGUGAUUGGCAAGACAGGUGAUGCUGGAGAGAAAGGACCAGAAGGAUUUAGAGGGCCAAAGGGAGAGAUUGGCAAAAUUGGUCCAAAAGGUGUUCCUGGCGGUGCAGGACCUAAAGGGGAACCGGGCAUCCCGGGCAGAGAUGGGAAAGAUGGCACCCAGGGACUCGACGGCGAGAAGGGUGACGCUGGACGGAAUGGUGUGCCCGGUGAGAAAGGACCAAACGGCCUUCCUGGUCUACAAGGGAAGGCUGGCACAAAGGGAGCCAAAGGAGGAGUGGGCGACCCAGGAGAGAUGGGAGAGGCCGGGCCGUCUGGAGAGCCAGGUAUUCCUGGUGACAUCGGCAUCCCAGGAGAGAGGGGCGAGCCAGGACCCAGAGGAGUGGCUGGGGGCAUCGGACCAGUUGGCAACAUUGGCAUUCAGGGCAGCAAAGGCUUCCAGGGAGUAAAGGGGGCUCUGGGGGACCCCGGCCUUCCGGGACCAACUGGAAUCCGUGGUGAAUUUGGUGAGAGGGGUCCAGUCGGAGCGUCAGGCCCAAAAGGAGAAAUGGGCGUGGCAGGAAGUGAUGGUUUGCCCGGGGAGAACGGAGAACCUGGUCCAUUUGGUCCAGUUGGCCAAAAAGGAGAGUCUGGGAAACGUGGAGAGCUGGGACCAAAGGGUGUGGUGGGACCACAGGGAGAGCUUGGAGCCAGAGGGGUUCCUGGAAAACCAGGCCUUAUGGGCUUCCAGGGUGAACAGGGUCUGCCUGGCAUCGCUGGCAAGAUUGGUGUUCCUGGUAAACUGGCAAGCGAACAGCACAUCAGAGAAUUGUGUGGAUCUAUGAUUGAUGAUCAGAUUGCACAGCUGUCUGCCAACCUCAGAAGGCCCCUGUCCCCUGGCCAAGUUGGUCGCCCAGGCCCUGCCGGACCUCCAGGGAAGCCAGGGGAAAUAGGGUCUAUCGGCCACCCUGGAACCCGUGGACCUCCUGGCUACAGAGGGCUGCCUGGUGACCUGGGAGACCCUGGUCCCAGAGGUGAUCUUGGUGAACAGGGUGAUAAGGGACCCAUUGGAAAGGCUAUCGACGGGCCCACUGGAGACCAAGGAUACCAAGGUAUCCCAGGAGUGCAUGGAAUCGUCAAAGACGGGCGCGAUGGAUCCCCAGGAGAUCCAGGUGAGCCCGGAGAGCCAGGUAGGACAGGUAGGACCGGGCAUUCGGGCUCCCCAGGAAUCUGUGACACUACAGCCUGCCAGGGGGCUAAUGUCCAUGGGAAAACAUCCAAUCCCAAGAAUCAUUAAACAUUACUUCACUCAUCCGGAACAUGCCACCCUCCGGGAGAUGUAAAAAGGAGGAAGAGGAGAGAUACAGGUCACAUUAUUUCCUCUUCAAUGUAUUUAAAACGAGAUGGGAACAGUGACAACAGAGAUUUAUUUUGAGAGGAAAACAAGAACAUCCCAUCAGUGUUAAAAGAAGGAAAACAGCAGUUUGGGUGAACAGCGAAGAGACAAACUGAGAGACAAAAAAUUGAGACUCGAUCCAUUUAUGAUAUGGACAAAGCUGAGUAAACAUUUCACAAGAGCACUAAAGAACACCUGCAUUGCUCCACGUACCAUCUAAUGUGAAUAACAAUUUAAUUACAAAAAACAACUGGAAACAAACUUUACUGGAAAAGUGCUUAUAGGCAAUUAUUUUUGAAAACCAUGUGUACAAAUGUGUGCUUGUUUCACCCCUUACCAAGUUACUUCAUGUACCCCCUCUGUAAUAUAACUCUCUAAAACACCACAACUGUGACUGUCUGUGCAGCAAAUGUGCAUUUGUAAGGUCCUUUCUGCUUAGACCGCAGGUGUAACCUCACAAGACAUGCUUACAAAAUGUAAAAUAUGAUUUGUGUCACUGAGCAAAAUGAAGUCUCUGCCAAGGAACUUUGCAUGUACUGCAACAGGCAAUGAAGAAACCUAAGUGCCCAGAUAUUUUGUAUAUUGAUGCAACCACCGUAUUUUCUGUCACUUGCUACACGUUUCUUUUUUUAAAGCAGCUUGUUAAGUAUUUUGGGUGCCAGAUUUUUUUCUUUUUAUCUUUUCAUGAAUACAUGUUUAAUUUUAAAACCUCCCCUUCCAAUAACUUUUGAAAAUAAAAACAUGUAGUGGAUGCAUCAGAUAUUGUAAUAGAGUAACUCAAUAACAAUUUGUGUGCUUUAUCUUUUUUACUUUGCAAUUCCCACAUCCACUAUGUACUGGUGCUGUAACUAUUAAAUAUACAUGACUUUAAAUACUA